AUGGCGGCGGCUGCGGGUCGGCUAGGCUGGUUGCUCGCCGCGUUCUGUCUGGGCAACGCCGCUGGGGAAGCAACGGCGGGCCCGCAGGUGCUGGGCUUCUGCUUGGAGAAGGACGGAGCCGAGGGUGCGGGCUGGACGCGUGAAACGGCCACCUUCCGCCUGCGUCUCUUUGGUUCGGGCUUUACCAACAGCUCCUGGUCCUGGGUUGUCCCCGAAGUUACUGGCUGCCCUAAGGGCUGGCCAGCCGCGACGUCCGAUAUGGUAGUGGCCCCCACUGCUGGCGCGGGUGAGUGGCGUGCGCUGCUGCGCCUGCGCGCCGAGACCAUGCGCCCGCACUCGUCUUUGCUGGCGGUGCGCUUGGAGCCGGGCGGUGAGGCUGCGGAGGAGGCGGCGCCGCCCUGGGCUCUGGGCCUGGGGGCGGCCGGGCUGUUGGCGCUGGCGGCGCUGGCGCGGGGCCUGCAGCUGAGCGCGCUGGCAUUGGCUCCAGCCGAGGUGCAGGUGCUGCGCGAGAGCGGCUCGGAGGCGGAGCGUGCGGCUGCGGGGCGCCUGGAGCCUGCGCGGCGAUGGGCCGGCUUCGCCCUGGGCGCGCUUCUGCUACUGGCCAGCCUGGCGCAGGCGGCGCUGGCGGUGCUACUGUACAGAGCGGCCGGCCAGCGUGUCGUGCCCGCAGUGCUGGGUAGCGCGGGGCUUGUGUUCCUGGUGGGCGAAGUGGUGCCGGCCGCCGUGAGCGGGCGCUGGGCGCUGGCGCUGGCGCCAUGCGCGCUCAGCCUCAGCCGCCUGGCGGUGCUACUCACCCUGCCAGUGGCACUGCCCGUGGGUCAGUUGCUGGAGCUGGCGGCUCGGCCCGGGCGGCUGCGCGAGCGCGUACUGGAGCUGGCACGCAAUGGCGGCGACCCCUACAGCGAUCUCAGCAAGGGUGUGCUGCGCUGCCGGACGGUGGAGGACGUGCUCACACCGCUCAAAGACUGUUUCAUGCUGGACACCAGCGCUGUGCUGGACUUCGGCGUCCUGGCCAGCAUCAUGCAGAGUGGCCACACGCGCAUCCCGGUGUAUGAAGAGGAGCGCUCUAACAUCGUGGACAUGCUCUACCUCAAGGACUUGGCCUUCGUGGACCCCGAAGACUGCACGCCGCUCAGCACCAUCACCCGAUUCUACAACCACCCACUCCACUUCGUCUUCAACGACACUAAGCUGGACGCUGUGCUGGAGGAGUUCAAGCGAGGGAAGUCCCACCUGGCCAUCGUGCAGAAGGUAAACAACGAGGGUGAGGGUGACCCCUUCUACGAGGUCCUGGGCCUGGUCACCCUGGAGGACGUCAUUGAGGAGAUCAUCAAGUCUGAGAUCCUGGAUGAGUCAGAAGAUUACCGGGACAGUAAGGCGAGGAGGAAGCCUGCUUCUCUGAGUGCCCCUCUGAAGCGGAGAGAGGAAUUCUCCCUGUUCAAGGUGUCUGAUGAUGAAUAUAAAGUAAAAAUCUCACCUCAGCUGCUCUUGGCCACCCAGCGCUUCCUUUCCCGAGAGGUGGAUGUAUUCAGCCCCCUGCGAAUCUCCGAGAAGGUCCUUCUACACCUGCUUAAACACCCCAGUGUCAAUCAGGAAGUGAGGUUUGAUGAGAGCCACUGUCUGGCUGAAGACCAUUACCUGUACCAGCGCAGCCAGCCGGUGGAUUACUUCAUUCUCAUCCUACAGGGCAGGGUUGAGGUGGAGAUUGGGAAAGAGGGCCUGAAGUUCGAGAAUGGGGCCUUCACCUACUAUGGAGUAUCUGCCCUGGCAGCACCUUCCUCAGUCCACCAGUCCCCAGUGUCCUCGCUCCAAUCCAUCCGCCAUGACCUGCAGUCCGAGCCAGCUGAUGGCACCCGCUCUUCCACAUAUUGUCCUGACUACACUGUGAGGGCCCUCUCUGACCUGCAGUUCAUUAAGGUUACACGUCUGCAGUACCUCAAUGCACUCCUGGCUACCCGAGCACAGAAUCUGCCACAGUCCCCUGAGAGUGCGGACCUCCAGAUAGUGCCAGGCAGCCAGACCAGGCUCCUCGGUGACAAGAUGGCUGCAGCAACAGGCUCCCUCCACAGCAGACCGGGCAUCCCAGCAGAGGAAAGCCCUGGGCGCAACCCAGGAGUUUAA